AUGGGGGCCGCAGCUUCCACACAGCUAGCCACCGAGUUUUUCGAGGAUAGCAGACGAGGAUGUCCACCCAUACACCUGGACAUGAAUUUGGACACCAAAAAGGUAACAGAUGAAGGUAUAAAGCUUAUGCCAGGUGGGGCCCUAAUUGUUCCAUCUAUGGAUUGUCCGCUGCAUCAGAUCGGAGAUGGUAAAGGUGUGUCUGGGAAGCUGCGUACCGUUGAUAGUUCUAGGCCUAGUAAGUUGAUGUCCAGUAGCAGGUUUAUCAAUCAGAAAUCCAGAACACAGAAAGCUCCAGAAGGAAAACCUUUGGCGAAGUCGACAAAAGAAGCCAGUGACCUCCCUGGCCAAACUCCCACGCUGGCAGAAUCAGAAGCUGAAGGGAAUUCUGAUCUCAAACCCUUAUUUUUGAUCGAACAGGAAGCUAAACCCCAGGAGCUCUUCAAAACUGUGAUUAGUUCUUCACCAGAAAACAGUUUUAGCGGAAAAAACAAGUCAGUGGCCAACGAUUGUCCAGUAAAACUGGACAGUCAGAUGCGCCCAGCUGACAGGACACGAGCAGCCGAUCAGACCUCUCUGUUGUCUCACAAGGACCGGGUGGCGUCCAGUAUUCCUGCAGGUGCAAGUGAUGACAGAUGGACAGAGCCAGCCAAACAGGCAUUCUACAGUUCUAUGCUCAGGAAGGGUUGGAUAUUCAAGGAGACGGAUAUGACGUCAGAAAAUAUGAAGAACAUGCUGAAGAUUCACAGCGCCAAUCAUGAACUUGCCUGGAGGGAGGUGCUCAAAUGGGAGGCCUUACAUGCAGAUGAGUGCAAGGAACCAAAACUAAAGAGCUGCUCGGCUGUUGGGACCAAGUAUUCUCCCAGGGCUAGGCUUAGAUCAUGGAUAGGAUAUUCCCUGCCGUUUGAUCGCCAUGACUGGAUUAUCGAUCGUAACGGCAAGGACGUUCGAUACAUUAUUGACUACUACGAUGGCGGAAAAUUCAACGGCAACUUUGAGUUCGCGUUACUAGACGUUCGGCCGGCCCUGGAUUCGUUUGAAGCCUUCUGGGAUCGGUUGAGUGUCGCCAUCUGGAAAUGGACAUCAGAUUCCGGCGGCAGUGGGGUUCCAGGGAGUAGCCAGGUUUCUGUGACGUCUAGUGUCAGUGAACCAUUGAAUAUUGGUGAGCGGUUGGGCGGGAAAACCGCGGAAUCGCUAAAGGGAAAAAACACUUCUCAGUUCAUGUCAUACAAUCUCAGCGAUGUGGAGAAGGAGCGGGAGAAGAAGAAUUCAGUCAGCUGA